AUGGCGCGCGCUCACGAGCCGGAAGUGCAGUUCUCAGCAACUGCCAGCAGGGAGCAUCGCCUAAGCCUUAAGAGGAGGCCCAGAGCUGCCGUCGGCGAUGCGGAAAAAGCACAAAGUGACGUUUCAUCCGUCCAGUGGCCUUCAGCAGAGUCAUCUAGCAGCGAUGACACAAGACUACUGGGAAUGUCCUCUGCACCCAAGGGCCGCCCUCCUCUUCCUCCACCUCAUGGAUCCACCGCUGAUAAAAAUCAUUCCAGGAAUGAUGGACCUCCUGUCACUAGAUCUCCAUCUUUGCAAAAACAGAACCCAGUGUUGGAGAACCUCAACCUGGAGCAGGAGUUAGCAAGCCACCUUCAGUCUGGUUCCCGCCGUCGACUGGCCAGCUUUGGAGGGGUGAGCUCGCCUGGCUCGCUUUCUCGCUUCACCGGUCUGGGUGCUUAUAAUGACCCCAACAACAGUAGCAAACCGUCCAGCACAGGUAGCGAUAUGUACGGACACCUUGGCAGCAGAGGCAGCAUAGGUUGCCUCCAGGUGAGCCCGCAGAGCUCCGGAAGAAGUACCCCGGUGACAAGUCCCCAGCAGCUACAGAGUGUCCGGGAUCAGAUGGUGGUGGCUCUGCAGAAGCUGAGGGAGAUGGAGGAACAGGUAAAGAUAAUCCCUGUCCUCAAGGUGAAGAUCUUAGUCCUUCAGGAGGAGAAGAAGAAGCUGGCCUCUCAACUCAAUAACCAAAAUAAGGACACAGAGACGAGUACCGACGAAGGUGUUCUCAUCAAGGAGAAGCAUAACUGCUCCGACUUCAGCGACCUAGAUGAUGAGAUGAUGGCACUCGAAAGAGCCAUCGAGAGUGGACAUUUUCCAGCGUGGCAAGGAAAAAGCCACAUGAACGAUGGAGAUUCUGUAAAAGAAGCAAUGGAAAACAACAAAGCACGUAACACAGAACUGGAAAAAGAGGUUGAAUCUCAACAACAAAUUAUUGGCGCUUUAAAGGAGAAGAUACGUCACAUGGAGGCCGAGUUAAAGGAAUCUGCUCUCCAGGUGGAGAUGAGUCGUCUGAAACUGGAGCUUCAAGCUGCAGAAGCCAGAAACAGAGCUGAUAAAGCCUCCUCUGCCCGGCCGUCCACGGCGAGCAGCAGUACCCAGGCCGGGCCCCAAACUGCCAGCCAGGGGGUGGGCAACCACAUCCAGCUCAGAGACGCCAGCACAGGGGACGUGAUAGAAGUGAAGAACGUGGCUGUGUCGUGUUGUGGGCCGGACUUGAAGAACAUAGGCUCAGGAUCCGAUCUACCCAUGAGCCACUGGGAGGUCAGAGAGCGAGUGGAAACCAAGGAGAUGGGUGCAGGAGUCCACAUUUCAACAAGCUCUCAAGGAGUCGGGGUGGAGGUGAAGGUUUGUGAUGCAGAAAGCAACACAGAAGCAUCAUGGGAAAAUCCGCAGCCUAAGAAUUUAAAGUCAGUCGCAUGUGGAGAUUGUUCUGUUAAUGUCAUUGUCCGUGAAGCGAAGAUCAUGGUCUCAAAAGGUGUGGCCACAGAUCCAGUCAAAGGGGUCUCUCUUGGACUCACGGCGUCAUCCCAGCGCAGCAACACCUCACUCAGCUCUGUGUCUCGCUUCACUAACACCAGACAUGCCUUCAACAUGGACUCCAGCACCAACACUGUCCUCAAAAGCCAACACAAGCACACCAACACCUCCAAGGCCGCCACCACCAGGACGGUGUCCGUCGGCAGCAGGCUCAAAGACAUCAAGGGCAUCCCAAAGACACGUACAGUUGGCGUGGGAACGAGCCCACUGGAGGGAUAUACUCCUAAACAAAAUACUCGAGACAUUGGUGUUGGGUUUGCUAGCAUUUAUGAAAACUUCCUGGUGGGACUUAAAACCCAAAACAUGGCUUCUGGACCGUCCCAUCUGCCCGACCCAUUAAAAACGAGAAGUAUCGGCGUAGGGGAGGGCAGGAUACGGGAUCUGUCAGGUCCAAACAGUCAAGAAGUUGCAUUGUCCCAGAAUAAUUCAGAGCUGGACGGUUGCGUAGAAAAAACUCCAAGAGUCCUCAAUGAGCGUGGAAAUCCUCUCACGGAGGCAGGCUGGAUUCACCACAACAACAAGCAGGGGACCAACUCAACACUAUCAUCCAAUGACAAAGGUGUGGUCCAAGCAGGUGGAGAAGUCCAUCCAUUUGACUCAGCCAACCGAGAAAGUCAAGCCCCGCCUAAGAUGCCGGCAGACUCUUCUAAUUGCGACCAGGCCGAUUCUGGACUGAGUCCGCAGGGCGGUUACGACUCGGAAGUGAAAAGAAUGAUACAGCUGUUAGAACAACAGACGUCAUCCGCUAUGAGAGAGGAGACUGAGGGCUGCCAUCAAAUGGAGCAGUGGAUACUGUACUGUAGUCUGGAGCUAAAGUGGCGCCCAGAUCAGGUUGGCCAGGUGCUCAUGAGAAGGGACAUUUGCUAUUAUAUCCUUAUCAGUGAGGGAGCAGGAAGGGGCUAG